ACUGCUGUGUGUACCAUCAAUUUUAGUUAGUUUAGUUCAGUCGCUGCUGCUCGCUCGCGGAGACGUCAUUUCUGCGCGACUAGCGGGUAGCUUCCUUUGCAAGCUGGACCACAACGCUGCAACCCACUCGAAGACCCUCAUUCAACUUUAAUAAUUAUUUCGAUCUCGCAGACCGGCAUGGGCAGCUCCAUUGGCAGCCUCUCUAAAUAAUUCAAUUCAUUAUAUUCGCGAUGUCCCCGCCGCGGGUCAGCAGCCACUCGCCAGAACCGGCGUCUUCGCCAAGCAAGAAACUGUCCUCGCCGCUGCAAAUCAACGGCAUCAAUCAGCUGAACGGCCAUGUGGCCAUCGAGCCCUACAAGAUGAACGGAUUCGUGCCCGAGGACAGCAACAACCGACUCAACGAACUGCUCAACUCGGUGGUCGAAAGGACCGACUCGCCGACGCUGUUGUUGAGCAGGAAGAUCGAGGAGAAUCAGGAGAAUGGCGACGUCCACGAGGAGGACGAAAAUAAGGCGAAUCUCAAGGAGGAAAAGGCCAAGGACAAGUCGAUUGCCAAACUGGAGUCUCUCCUGCACACGGCCAACCAACAGCUGAGGCUGCGGAAUGAGGAGGUGGACCGACUCAGCAGGAUCAGGAACGAGGUGGAAGCCGAACUAGAGGAACUUACUGCCAGUCUCUUUCAGGAGGCACAUAAUAUGGUCCGCGAAGCAAACGUCGCCCAGGCGCAGGCAGAAAAGGCACUUAAGGAGAGCCAAAUGAAAGUGGAGGUUCUGCAGGCGGAGGUGGCCGCUCUCAAAACCCUCGUCAUUACAUCGACCCCCAGCAGACCGAACCCUCAUCUCCACCCCCAGCUGCAGCAGUCGGACUCUUCGCCCUCAUCAAGCUCAUCUGAAAAUAUUUUUGCAGGAAUGAAUCUCUUUAAUCGCAAGCAUCGAAGGUCACCCUCUCAUUUCAACCUCAAAUACGGCAGAGAAAAUUCUCCUCCAGACUCCCCAGUCAAAGAGCAGCGAGAAGGAAGUCCGGCGCACACUGGCUACGUCCAGUUGCAACAGGAUGACGCAGUUUUAAAAGAUGAAAUUGAGUUUGAUCCUGUGGUGCACAAGGAGUUCCUGCAGUGGAAAGAGGCGCCAACUUUGGACAGGACAGAUCCAUUCAUCUCGAGAGUGUACAGAGAAGACAUUGAUCUGUGCCUCAACUUCUGCAACGGGGAGUUGGGCGCCAAAGUCUACUCGGCAGUGGAGGCAGGCACAGUUUAUAUUGAAGCUGUCACCGAAAAGAGCAAAUCUACUUUCCCUAAAAAAUGUGCCCUGCUUGAGGCCCAGCGCAUUUGCAGCUACAGGUUGCGUCUCGGAGAAGAAGAGCAGUGGCACACAAUUUCUCAGUUGUGCAGAAACAGAAUCACCGCAGUGUGCGAUUUUUUGAACUACCUGAGAUACAUCGAAAGGGGGCUCGUAAAGAGUUCAGCGCACGACGUAUUUUGCGAACUGGUGCGGCUGCGCAAGGAAAUUAUACUCGCAAGACUGGGCAUGCCCAUCUCUAAGGAUUAAACUAUGCCUACCCCUGGAAACCACUCACACACCAGUCAUAAUAAUUUUUUAAGAAAAUGCCAAAGACUUAGAAAGUAAAAAUGAAUUAAAUAGAAAGAGAUUUAUAUCUUGCUUGGAGCAUUAUAUUUUAUGUGUCUGUCUGAAUGAUUAAUGUUAUCAAAGCAUGAAAAAGUGCCACAACAUUUUAUUAUUAUACUUUAAAAGGUUCUUUAAAAAUAUGUCAGAAAAUCAGAUUACUUUGCUUUUGGAGCUUUUUAAUAAAAUUAAAUUUUUUGGUGAAAAAUAAUACCAUUUAUGAAUGUGUGAUUCUUGCUGUGGUUAGUGAUAAAAUGUCAGAUUUCAUUAAAAAAAAAUUUUUUAUAUGUACUUUUUAUUUUAAAUGGCAAAUUUUCUGCAUAAGAGACAAAAUGAGAAGAUUUUUAUUCAUAAUAUAAAUUAACCCUCAAGAUUUUAAGAAAUUAUAAAAUCAAAUAUUCUUUACUCAUUUUCCUUGUUGAAAAACGAGAAUAAUGUGCUCUGAGAAGAUUCAAAUAAUUCUUGAAAAGUUAUACGUUUAUACAAGGCAUUUUAAGAAUUUCCCCUACGAUUUUCUGGAUCUAAUAAAACCCACGGUUAUUAAAAAAUCUAGUGCUCGAAUAGACAUUCUAAAUAUUAAUAAUAUUACUUUCAAUUUCAAAUAUACUCUCUUUGGUAGAAAUUUGCACUUGCAGCUUUUGUGUGAAAAUUUAAAAGAAAAUUUAAGAGAAAAUAGUUAUGUAUGUAUACGAAAACUGUAAAGAUUUUUUUUUAAAUGUGUAUAUUAUGCGUAUUGAUUCUGUUGCGAAUUUUUUACUUGAAAAUUAAAAUUGAUUAUUGAAAAAAUCAAA